UGGGGCUUCAAGACAAGGUCCAUGCCUUCUCAAGUCUCAACUACACCACUGGAGCUCACUGGCAUACUAUUCACUCAUACAAAACUUGAGGCACACAGAAGCUCCUGUCUUUAGUAUAUCAUCCUGACAAAGCACACCAUCAUAAGCUCUCCACUUCAAAUAUGAGGAUCAGCAAGAGCGCCCCCGACCUCCUGAAGAAGGCGGUCACAUCCGUCAAGAGCAAGACUGAUGCUCUAAGAACAAAGCUCAUCAUUCUUGCCUCUCUGCGCCGAAGGUUGGCGAUGGUCCGUGCGAUCUCUCGCCAGAUCCAUGGGCUCGUCCCGUCGAACAGCCAGGACAAGCAGGCUAGGGUGGAGCACUGCAGCAAGGCUCUGACGAUGCGCAAGGCGAUGGUGAGGAGCAAGGAGCCAGCUGCUGGUGGUGAUCAUGGUGUUAGGGCUCAUCCUGUGUUUGAGGUGGCCAUGUUCGAGGAAGAUUAUCAUGGCUACCCUGACUGGACCAAUUCCCUCUUCGAUGAUGAUCAUUGUUACAAGAAUGAGGAGGACGAUGACCAUGAUGAUCUUGACAUUCUUGAUGCACUUGAUGAGCCAUCCGUCGUUGAGAUCGUAAGGAGCAAGCGGGAGGUUGAAGGUCUGGAGUUCAACAUGGACGAUGACAUCGAUGAGGCUUGUGACAUGUUCAUUAGGAGGUUCCGAAGCCGGAUGAACCGGAGCUUUAGUGAUUUUUGUAUUAGCGAAUAGUAUUGACAAAUUUGUAUAUAGAUGGUUGGAUGAGAUCCUUGAGAUGUAUACUUAGCAGUAGCAGUUAAACGGGGACUGAAGGAAAUGACUAUAAUACAUGUUUUUUUUUAACACAUAAGCAUAUCCUGGAGGAGCAUA